AUGCAUUAUCUUCUGUUAUGUUUUCAGUUUGUAUCAUCUUUGAUUAAAUCUUAUUUGUAAGGUCUCGAUUUAAUUAAAAAGACUAUGGAUCAUAAAUUUAACAAUAUUCAAUCCUAUAUAAUGAGAUUAAUAAAUUUUACAAAGAAUAAGAUUGAUGUUUCUGAAUAAGCUAAAGAUCUUAUUGAGAAAAUGCUUUAAUUUGAUCCAAAUAAGCGAAUUCAUUUCUAAAUAAUAACUAAAUAUUAGAUUUUUGAAAAAUAAUUUUAAAGUUAGUAUAAAAAGAAAUCCAAACAACCAAACAACGUUUAAUUUCAUUUACUAAAUCAUAACAAAUUGAACAAUAAUUUAUUAACUGUAUUCUUAAUCUAAUUAGAAAAUAAAAUUGUUGAAACAAAGUCUUAAAGAAAUAACAAUAAGGAUAUUAAUUAAAAUGUAAAUGCAAAGAGAAAAAUGUUAUGA